UAAUUUGGAGUUGACAAGAAGUCUUUAGUCCCAGAGUAUAAUCGACGCGAAAAUGUAUCGCUUACGAACUUCCCACGGUACUUCCUAUCGCAACGUGCAUCAUAAAUGUCAAUUAGCGCCACAAUACCUCGCAAACGUGAGAACAACGCCAAUUUACUCGCUUUCAUGCGCCACGCGUCAUUAUCCCUACGGUUCUGCGUCAGAGCGUUUUCAGAUGCUCCUAAUUAUAAAGUAACUGCCGUUCAAUGUUCAAAUGUUCAACGAAUAUUUCGGGCAAAGAAUUUAUCUUACUGGACGUAACAAUAUUUUGUUAUAGCAGCUUUAAACUUAGCAAUCGAAUGGAUAUUGACACUAAUAUGAUUUUAAAUGUAAGCCUUAUAUAAAUAUAUAAUAAACAUUUUUCAAAAACUCAAUUCUCACAUCGCAAUUUUCGCCCAGUAGUAUUUUCAGUAUUUCGAACAGUUUAGAUACAAAGCUUGCUAUAUUUGUGAGGCCAAUUUUGGAGGCAAUUCCGUAAUUAUACAUACUUAAUCUCCAUGCCCUAUUUUCACGAAUUGAAAAGCAAACUUUUAGUCCAAAUGUAGGAAUGCCAACCUUCUCGUCUGGCUAAUUAAUGAGGAACAUAGCAGAAAUUGUAUAGAUGUAUAAAUGAGGAAUAAAAGCUUUGAUUGUGCAUGAUAUGGUUUUCUGUGUUCUAUGUUUAGCAGGGUUGGCGUUUAUAAUAGAAUAUUGGCAUCUAUAGAAUAUGUGUGCCAUUGCCAUUGCCGCUACUAAAAUUUUUAUACCACACUACAAAAAUUGUAUUUGCAGAAUCUGAAUGCUUGAAAUAUCAGAUUGUAUCUUAUACUUUUUUUUGGAAAAGAAUGUUUUAUGCGACAGUACGAAAAUUACUUUCUCAAGCGUGAGUUUUAUUCCGACAUGCACGUAUUUUUUUAUUACCACCUAUUGCAUUCGUUACAACUCAUUUUACAAGCUGCGUAAUAUAUGUCCAUCUUUUUAUAAUUCGCAACAUUUUACACAAUGUAAUAAAUUCCACGUUCCUAAAAGCGUCGUUAAAUGUAAUUUGAUAUUGAGAUAUUAUCCAUAAAAAUUUCACAUAAUAUAUUCACGUACUUAAAAAUUUGCAACAAUAUUCAUGCAAAUAUGACGUGGACAUGAUAUAAAGGGAUUAUACAGACGAAUUAAUUUCAGAUUGUUGUUCGUUGCACGUUUGAAAGUAAAAUGCAGUUUCUCUGCAAAAGAUAAGAGAGACUACUGGAGCUACUUUAAUCACCAAAUGGACAAUUAUUUAUCAAUCUAGCCUGUCACGAAGACGAAUGUACAAUGUAAUUAUGACCGGAACGUAUACAACAGCGCCUCUGACUAUCAUCCACGUGGAAUCACAGUCACGCAAUGCGAUGCGUAUCUUAAUGCAUCGACAUUCGUCAUGUUUCGUGUACGUAACGAUAAUACUGGAGAGAACUCUAAUUAUGCGUAAUCCUCAGAAAACCGAAAAAUGUAUAUAUGAUAUAAAGAUAGAAGAAAAGAGAUUUUCUGUUCUGUGGCAAACGAUGCGAAACCCAUCGCUCUUCUCCAUUUGCGGCUGAUACUAUCGAGCUUUCGCAUUAGAUUCUGUCAAAUAUCUAUCAUCGCGUUGAUGAUAAUUUACAGAAUUACCUUUGAUAAACGGUCCAUUAUGGUCUAUUAUAUAUCAAGAAACAUGUCAUAUCGAGCAGAUAUUAUUUCAUAUCAUGACAUUUGAGUUAUUGGAAUAAUAAGAGCAAUUGUAGCGUUUUUAUAAAUAUUAAAAACCAUUGUUCGAAUAUAAUUUUGUUGUUAAGAGAUCAUUUAGUUGAACGCAGAAACUGUGAAACACUUCAUUAACUUUCAUUUCAAAUAUUACUGCUUCAGGCUACUGAUAACUAUACAGAACACUGCUUACUAUAUGAAUAGUGCAAUCCACGUCGCGUUUACAUCGUAGAUGAUGCAGAUCGAGUUUCUGCACGAUGAAUGAAACUGCAAUGCCGCAAAUCUUAGGCGUAACAUACACACACACACACACACACACACGCAACACAUACACGCAUAUACUCUCCUCAUCUCCAUUUCCGUCUAUUCAAACACUAUAUUCCGUUGGCUUUUACCGAUUAAAUUUAUUUGGAACAUUUUAUAUACCGCAUACAAUUAUUACAUUCUUUUCUAUUCUUAUAUCAUGUUUUAUAAUUUUCAAAAAUAAAAUUACAUUAUAUCAUCUUACUGAACAAUUUAGCACUUUGUUCCUCCAUUACUUAACAACAAAAACUAUUUGUUUUUGUGCAUUAUACGUGACAAAUUAAAAAUAUUUCAUAAAAACAGUCUGGCACUUUGAAGACGUAUAAGAACUUUUCUACUUGUUAUUUUUCUUACAGCUGUGUCUAAUAAUUUGCAUUGCAAAGUGGUUGGGCAUGAAAACCCUUUUUUCAUCUUUGAUGAAUCUAUGAUCCACCUAUAAUACAUCAAGAAAGUAUAAUUCUACAAGGUCUUACUGUACUUAUAAUAACUUUUAUCGCACCGAACCACAACAAUGCCAAAUGAAAGACGAACAUGUGUUCUGCGUGUUAAUAAAUUUUAAAUACAUAUUAAAAUAUACAUGCGUACCGUCUUUAUAUAAUACAAGACUGCGAGAUCAUCCUAUGAGGAAACAAUAUACAUUUACAGAUAUGAAAAUGUAAACUGCAGUAAUAUUUUAUUUCGCAAUUCAUAAUAGCCGUAUGGCUAGAAUGAAUAUGGAAGGAUUAAUAAACGUAUGUAUCGAUUAUAUCAGAUGAUGACGGAUGCGUGGAUGUGUAUGUGUGAUCCGCGAUAUUAUACAAUGCGAUAAUUCUCCUAUCCACGAUUGGCGCGUUAUUAAUCCGAACGUUUUGCUCAUUUUGUUUCAGAACUCCGAAAUAUCGCUGUUUGAGACGAAUAUUCGUUUCAUGGGAAGCCUGCUUGCCUGUUACGCUCUCACGGGAGACGUGAUGUUCCGGGAUAAGGCGGCGCAGCUCGGCGAACGGAUGCUGCCUGCCUUCCAGACGGAAACCGGAAUUCCUCAUUCCCUCAUCAACCUCCAUACCGGGGCCAGCAAGAAUUACGGUUGGGCGAGCAGCGGCUGCAGUAUUUUAUCCGAAAUCGGGACGAUGCAUCUCGAGUUUACCUACUUGAGCGAUAUAACGAAUAAUCCAGUGUUCAAGAGCAAAGUUGAGAAUGUAAGGAAGGUCCUGAAGAGCCUGGACAAGCCGAAGGGUCUAUAUCCAAAUUAUAUCCAUCCGAGAACAGGAAAAUGGGGUCAACAUCAUAUGUCGCUCGGUGGACUCGGCGACAGUUUCUAUGAGUACCUACUGAAAGCUUGGAUCCAGUCGGGCAAGGACGACGUCGAGGCACGUGAAAUGUAUGACGAUGCUGUAGCGGCUAUAACCGAGCACAUGAUCAAGACAUCUCCUGGCAAACUUGUAUACGUGUCGGAUUUAAAAUACGACAGGCUGGAGCAUAAAAUGGGCCACUUGGCUUGCUUCGCCGGCGGUAUGUUCGCUCUGGGGGCAAAAACUCUGGAAAACGAGCUGUCUGAAAAAUACAUGAACAUCGCCGCUGGUUUGACCAACACGUGUCACGAAUCGUAUGACAGGAGCGCUACAAAACUUGGCCCCGAAGCUUUCCACUUUAUCGAAGGCAACGAGGCUAGGAGCUUAAAGAACGGCGAAAAAUAUUACAUUCUACGACCGGAGACCUUCGAAUCCUACUUCAUAAUGUGGCGGUUAACAAAGGAUCCAAAAUAUCGCGAAUGGGGUUGGGAAGCGGUUCAAGCAUUGGAGAAGCAUUGUCGGGUUCCCGGAGGAUUCACGGGACUUAACAAUGUUUACUUAGUCGACUCGGCGAAAGACGACGUCCAACAAAGUUACUUCUUUGCUGAAACAUUGAAGUAUCUCUAUUUGCUCUUCAGCGACGACGAUCUCAUAAGUCUGGAUGACUGGGUAUUCAACUCCGAGGCUCAUGUGCUUCCUAUCAAGGGCAGUCCUCUGUACCGCCCAGCUCCCUCUUCUUUAUAAACCGGACGAGUUUACGACAGAUUGAACGAUUCUGACAAUUAUCGUUCGGCAGUGAUAGAACCGACAGAUAUAUAAAUAUUAUAUACACAUGUGUGUAUAUAUAUAUUUAUAUAAUAUGAUGAUACACAGUGGAUCGGAAUUAAUUAGUGACAGAAGACUGAAGAAAUUCACUUGGAAUUAACGGAGCGCUUUUUCGCUAGUUCUUUCUACGUAAUGCUGUGUCGAUAGCGAAAACAUUUGUGCGACAAAACGAAAAUGCACUUUCUGUUCCUCUAUUUUCUUAUUUGGUAUCUGAAAAGCGUUAAAUUUAGAAAAAUAAUGUUAUUUGUGCGCGAUCUAUUCCGAUUUUGACCCAUUGUGUAACACAAUAAAUCUGCGAAUUAAUGAAGAGGACGAAGAAGAAUUAGGCUGCCCUUCGAUCGCGCUUAGAGCGAACGACACAUUUUAAAUUAAAAUAAUUAUUUUAGGUAAACGAAAGGGAGAACAAAUCAGAGAGUAAGAGAGAAUGAGAGAAAGAAAGAGCGCGAGGAGAAUGAGAGUGAGAAAAAGGAUGAAAAUGUUAACGAACGUUAUUUAAGCCACGUUUGUAAAUAGCAAAAAUAAAGAAAGUGAGAAUGAGAGAACGAGCGAGAGAGCUACGAGAAAAUAGAAAAGCAUGUUGCGAGAAUGUGAAUGCUUCGCCCAUUUCCUUUUCCAGCCGCAACGCAAAGCGAUCUAUAUUUUACACUUACAUGUAUAUUAAUAACGUUAACAUUUUUAACAUUCUCUAAAGAUCACGGCAGGGUAAUCGCUGAAGUAUAGCCGCGUUCCUUUCUUUUUCGUCAAUAGUUACUCUGGACACGUAUAACUCUGCCAGAAAGACGCGACAAGGCGUCAUUAAGACUGGAAAUUAUACCACGUUGUAUAUUAGAAGAAGAAACAUUAAUUGAAUUAGUAAAUUAAAAUGUUGAUAAUGCGAAUUUGUGUAUAAUGUUGCAAGUAUCUUUGUGAAUAUCCUUUCAAGCGUUAAAUUUUGACGAGUUAUAUUGCGUACGAAUUUGACGAAUUAACAUUGUUAAUUGAAACGCGUGAAUUGCUUUCAAAUAGCCGAAUGAGGAUAAGUUGUGCGUCGGCACCAAAUAUCGAUAUGAACUUGUUUUGUAAAACUUCGAAAAUGAAACUGUCAGUCAAUCAAAAACAAAAAAAA